AUGACCGCCCUACCCCCAGAUGCCCUACUUCGCGACUAUCAUCGACCCGGGCACCCACCGGACCCCCUGCCCGACCGGACCACGGAUGAACGUCUGAAAGACCUGAUCAUCAAGUACAGCGAUGAAAUGCACCGCCUGUGCGAAGCAGGCUCUGAGCAUCGCAAGCCUCCGCGUCCCGACCAGUGCCCGAAAUGCGGCACCGUUCUAACUACCUGGACGCACGUCGAGGAGAAAGUCAACGUUAGGAGGUACACCGGCGGUGCUUGGAUGUUCAUCCACGACCGUCCCGGCCAAAUGGGAUGCUCCUGGUUCCCGGUGCAAACGGGACCUACCGAUGCUGAGCUGCAGGCAAUCGAGCGGCACAGGAAGAUGGAACACGCCGAGAACGAGGCUGUUCAGGCGCGUCUACUCGAAAGGCAGAAAGAGCACGAGGAACGGAAGAUGGAGCGUGAACGCAGACGAGAGCAUAAGAAGGAGCGACAUGCACGGCAGGAGGAGCAGGAGCAAACCCCUGUCGCCAUUUUGGACGGCAACUAUCACCUGAAACCUCGAUCGGAUGCACAGACCGCGACGCAUGCCUACGGCCACUACCAGACAGCUAAAGAGUGGAUGACGGCCGUGAAGCUUGCCGAUGGCAUCCAAAAGAGACGUCGCCGGGUCAAAAAGGACGUCAAAGACCCCAUCUGGUACAAGAUCAACAAGAACGUGAGGAAGCAGCAGGAUAAGGAAGACGACGACGAGCUACAGAAGAAAAUCGAUGAUAUGAUCACCUAUGGCACGGACCCAGGGAAACGCCGCCGCAAGGACGAGGAGAGUGACGUCCAGGGUCAUGUUCGAGGCGCAAAACGUCGUCGCGAUGGCCAGGAGACGGACGGGGACGAGCAGAUGGAUUCGGAGGUACAACAAGGGUGA